CUAUGCUCUGGCACUGUCGCUUCCAGAGGAACAUAGAGAACUGGUGGGAAACAGCAGCAUAGGUCUGGGUAGACGUUGUCGCCAUUUUAAAUGUGGCAAAGGUUCACUUCAUUUCUUAUUCCUUACACAACAUCACCCUCCUAUAACAUGCUAUUACACCGUAAUUCGCACACGCGCAUUAUUGUAACGACUUCCUAUGUGUGUGUGAUAGAGAGAGCAAGUGACAGCAUUAAUAGCGGAAGUUUCUCGCGUCCUCUCCAAUCUCGUUCUAACCAAACACUUCUCUCCAGCAAGCAUCCCAUCCAGUGAUCAAAGAGGAGAGAGAACUCAAAGGGUAAGAUGCUGAGUGCGUCCACCCCGACCCAGACGCCCCCCAGCGGAGAGGACAGUUCUGGUUCUGACAGGGGGUCAGAAGUCAGUGUUGGAGCUCCAGCCACAGAGACAGACCGCUUCGGCUUCAUCCUGGGGAAUGGAUCCACUGCUGGGAGUGAAGGCCCGUCCCCUGAGCUCGUUAGACAGAGAGAGGCCAAGUGGAUCAACAUCAUAAGCCAAUGGGAUCGUGUCUUACUAAAAAAUUCCAGCAAGGUCAAAGAGCAGUGUCAGAAAGGCAUCCCAGCAUCCCUCAGGGCUAAAUGUUGGCCACUGCUGUGUGGCGCCACAGACAGAAUGCUCCACAACAAGGACCUCUAUCAGACUCUGGACUCCAGACCCGCACUCCAGAGCUGGGUGGACGUUAUAGAGAGAGACUUAGACCGCCAGUUCCCCUUCCAUGAGAUGUUCCUCUCCAGAGACGGCCAUGGACAGCGUGGUCUGUUCCGGGUGCUGAAGGCCUUCACUCAGCUGAAGCCUGAGGAGGGCUACUGCCAGGCCCAGGGACCUGUAGCAGCUGUACUGCUGAUGAACAUGCCUACUGAGCAGGCAUUCUGGUGUCUGGUGCAGAUCAGUGAACAGUACCUCCCUGGCUACUACAGUCCCCUUCUGGAGGGGGUUCUCUUUGACGCAGCCAUGCUGACCAGGGUGCUGAAGAGGACGUGUCCCGCGGCUCACAAGCACCUGCAGAGACACGGCGUGGAGCCUCUGAUGUUCGCCACCGAUUGGUUGAUGUGCCUGUUCACACGCCACCUACCCUUUAACACCUUGCUCAGGGUCUGGGACCUGUUCUUCUGCUACGGAGUGCGUGUGUUGUUCCAGGUGGCGGUGGUGUUGGUGCGCAGGGCUCUGGGCCGGGUGGAGCAGAGGGAGGCGUGCGAGGGCCAGAUGGAGACUCUGGAGAGGCUGAGGGGUGUGAGGGAGCAGGUGCAGCAGGAGGACGAUAACUUCAUUGCAGAGGUGUGUUCUGUUCCCCUGUCGAGUAAGGAUCUGGAGAGGCAGACGGAGAGAGAGCUGGAGAAGUGGAGAAUGGAACGGCCCGCCUCCACCUUUGAUCCCCGGGGUCGUUGCCACGGAUAUCGGAUGGCGUGGGCGAGGGUUCGAGAGAGGGAGGAGGAGAGGAACAGGAAGGAGAGGGAGAAAGGGAACCUGUCCCUCCCUCUGAUUCGCUCGCCCUCCCUCCUCUCUCUCUCUCCCUCGCUCCUCCGCAAGAAGUGGAUAAGAGGGAGUAGGACAGACAUUGGGGAGUGGGAGAGAGAAGGCAGAGGGGUGAGGAAGGUUUCAGAGGAGGUGUGGGAGGAGAGAAGCAAGGGAGGGAAUCUGAGGAGAAGAAGUGAGAUGGAUGGUAGUCCAGUGAGGGCUCCGGGUGUUCCAUGUCCAGCUACAGAGGACAGGGCCCCAGUGGAAACGAGAGAACCGUUUGAACACAAAGAACCCAUAGAACAGGAGGACAGAAGGCAGAAAACCCAGCUGACCCCAGAUUCAGACAGAGAACCUUCCCAGCAGCAUCAGCUCACCUCGGACCACAGCGUCACCUCACAGGGCCAGGGAGAGGAGCAGGGGGGUCUCAGCCAGACACCAGUCUCUGAGCAGCACAGUGACAGCCAGACACAGGAAACUGACCACAGUAAAGACACCAUGCAAACACAGGAAGUACUGAACAAACAGUCAACAGCGAGUGCAAAUUUCAUCACAGUGCAUAUAGUGACAGAGACGAAGGGUGAGGCAGAGACAAGCAAGGAGACAGAGACAUGUGCAGGAGCAAUGACAGAGGAGGAAACUGCUCCACACACAGACCUGAAGACAUACACAGAGGAGGAAACUGCUCCAGACACAGACCUGAAGACAGACACAGAGGAGGAAACUGCUCCAGACACAGACCUGAAGACAGACACAGAGGAGGAAACUGCUCCAGAUACAGACCUGAAGACAUACACAGAGGAGGAAACUGCUCCAGAUACAGACCUGAAGACAUACACAGAGGAGGAAACUGCUCCAGACACAGACCUGAAGACAUACAUUGAAGCAAAGACAGAGAAGGAAAGAGUGACAGAGACCCACACAGAUGUAGAGAUUCAGAUACGAGCAGAAGCCAAGACAGAGGAGGAAAUGGAGGCAGAGGUACAGAAAGGACUACACACAGAUAAAAGUGGAGAGACCGAGACGGACAUGGGGUCAAAAGAGACAGCGACUCAAACAGAUGUGAAUACAGACACGGAGACAGACACACAACAAGAGGCAGAUGUAAACUUGGAGGCAGAAACAGACACGGGCUCACUGACCGAGAGAGACAAAGGCACUGGCACAGAGACACACACCGACAAGGAGAUACAGGCUCGUACAGAGAUCCAGUCACACAAAGGGACGGAGACACACACAGAUGAAAAAUCUGAGGCAGAGAGAGAAACGGCGUUAGAGGCACAUACAGAACCAGAGACGCAGGAAGAAAAUGAGUCAGCGAUGCACAUAGAGGCAGACACAAGAGUAGAGGCAGAGUUGGGGUCACAGAUUGAGGCAGAAACACAGACGGACAAAGAAUCAGAGAUACGUGUAGCUGUAUACAUAGGGAUUGAGACGCGCACGGAGAAAGCCACUGACACAAACACAGGGACAGAGACGACCAUGGAGUCUCCACAUGACAUUCAGAGACGCACAGAGACAGCAAAGACGGAGGUACAGUACACAGAGCCCUCUAGCACAAUACCAGCCAAUCAGAGCCAGGUUUCUCCAGAGUUGACAUCCACUACUGAGCCUGCGGAGGAGAGGAACUCAUCAGAACAGAAGCUUCCUGAAAAACCCCAGAGUCCAGUCACCAUCCGUCCAGAUCAGGAGACCCAGAAAGUCAGGGAGAGUGAAGGAGAGAAAGAAAAGAAAGCCUCAACUGACAUCCUUCCACCAUUACAUCAGGGGAAAUCACUGACAGGUGAAUUCCCUCACAUACCUGACAACCCAAAGUCACAAAGUCAGAGUGAGUCUCCCCCUCCUGCAGACUCAAAGGCUGACUCUGGCAACUCGGUGUCCACACAAAUUGAUGUCUCGUCCCAAAGGACUACGCCCUGUGAUGGACCGUGGGCAACCCCUUCCGGAGACUUCCGGCUCUGCAAAUCCUCCAGCUCUCGGAGGCUCACCCGCAGGCUCUCUGAGGAUCUCUUCACUAAGCCCAACCAAUCACAACCCACCUUCACACAAUCCAAUCAAUCAAAUAUAGGCUUCAUUCAGUCCAAUCAACCACAACCCACAUCUCCCAUUCAGGUACCAAAGCGCCCAGAAUCACCCAAACGGGUGACAGGGAGCAACCCGGACACUGUCCCAUCUCAGACUGGGCCUAAAUCUGACAAAGGGCUGACCGACACCCCCAGGCUAUUUGGUCUCUUCCGCAGGCUCAAAGGGGAGCAACCAAGGCAGGACAGGAAGAAAGGGGAGCACAAAGUCCCCAUUCCCCAAAUCCUGAUCCAGGACUUCAGUGACGGGACAGGUGAGGGGAGCACGGUCAGGGGGGAGGAAGAGGAGAACCUGAGCUCCAGAGAGAGGAGGAGGAAACGGAGGGAGCAGGAGAGGAGGGAGAAAGAGGAGGAGAAGUUACAGAAGAAGAGGGAGAAGGAGUUAGAGAAAGAGAGAAAGAGGGAGAGGAGGAAGCCUCAGACGAGGGGGAAGAGUUUUCAGGUGCUACACAGCAGUGUUCCCCUCCCUGGAAACAGUGGCUCACAGACAUUUGGUUCCAAAAGAAACUCAACUCCAUCUAUGGAGACAUACUUUUAACAAGCAAGGAAAGAAAUCGACAUUCUAAAAGUUUUUACAAACAACUAAAAUUACCCAUAAAUCAUCUCAUCCAAGUGUAGACUUGAAAAGAAAAAUGUAAAUAAAACAAUUUAUAUUUUCAAACUC